CAAAAACAACGAACGAUUGAACAAACUUUUUUCAAGACCGAGUUGCUGAGAGGAUGUCGAGUGUCAACCCUUCGACGCCGAAGACAAUACGUUAGACAAGCAUGUUCGCGGCUGAUCAGCAAGGGUAUAAGACCUCGUAGGAUCUCUACCUACCAUUGACACGGAAAGUCAGGUUCAUCAGCAGCAGCGGCGUCCAGAGUCACAUCCACUUCCGACUUCCCACUUCCCAAAAAGAAGAACACAUAAUCAAGCAAAAUGGGCGUAGAAGACUGGAUCCCCACUUAUCACCCCUCGGGAGCAGAGAAGGUUAAGGCGGAGGAUAUCCCUACUUCGAACCCGCAAGGGUCUACCACGAACACUAGUAGCAGCAACAGCAGCUUUUGUGACAAGCAUGGUUUCCUACCCACGUCUGAUGGUGGGAGUUCUGGUGUUGGAUUGGGUGGUGGUAAGGCCAAGGAUGUCAGUACGGUCACUGUUGGACAUACUACCAGUGCUGAGCUGGAGUUGGAGAAGGGGGAGGAGGAUAAAGGCAAAGCCAAGGGGGAGGGGAACAAGAUGUCCACCCCUAUCUCCAACACCACCUCCGCCGCCGCCGCUGGCACUGAGCAGCCCAAGGAGACCGUCUCCGCCCCUGUCCAGACCACUACCACUACUACCGUCAUCGAGACCACUACCACCACUGAGCCUGCUCAGGCUGCCGCCGCUGAGAAGAAGGGGGAGGCCAAGGAGGACAGCAAGGAUACCACCAAGCAGUAG